AUGGAUCCAUCAAAACCACUUACUCAGCAACAGCUUCACGCCUAUAUUAAUUUGUUGAAGAAGAUGAAGAGUGAAGGAAAGGAUUUGAAUGAUCCGCAAUACAAGAACCUUCAUCAGUUUCUAAAGGCUCAAAUGAGUAAUCAUAACAUCCUCAAACAACAAAAUCAACAAGUAGUGAAUACAGUCAUUCCGAAUCCUGUCCAACCUCCUCUCACUUCAGCCACUGUGCAACAGUUUCAACAAGCACCACAAUCAUCACAAGUUCCUACUCCUCUCUUUACUCAACAACAAAAGGAACGGCUGAAAGCACAAAUCUUUGCGUUCAAACACCACAUUUCGAAGAGAGAGCCUCUUCCGCCAUCUUUGCAACAGGCUGUUAUGGGCAUCAACGUUGAGAAUAAUUUGAAGGAGUAUGAAACCACUUAUUUGAACCCAUCGGGAAAGACUGCUCCCCAAGUGCCUUCCACCCAACCACAACCCAACAAUGUGGUUGUGCAACAACAACAACAACAACUUCCAGUUUCUCAACCACCUCGCGUUUUGCCAUCAACUGUUGCUGCUAAUGCGUCAUUCAAUGCUACCGUUACCAAUCAACCAACCAUUCCUGCCAUGAACAAUCAAGCAUCAAUGGGCACUAAGGUCAUAGAUUCCAAGAUUAAUCCAGAUACAGCUAACCAGAGACAACAAGGCUUAGAUCUUCAAACAUUGUACAGAGAAAGAGAGAAGAGAAUUCAACAUAAGAUGAAGAGAAAGUUUGAACAUCUCAAAUCAUCAUUGAAUACCUUACCUCCAUCUGAACAACUGAGAUCUGUGAUUGAAAUUAAACAAUUCCAGUUGCUCAAACAACAAAAAGAACUUCGAGCUGACAUUAUCCGACAAUUAAAGACACAAGCUGCCACACCCAUUGUCGACACUCAUGUUGCGAGAGCUAGUCAAAUGGUGACAGAUCAAUCAUUAACAACUAAGAAGAGCAAAACCCAAAAGACAAAGGAAAAGACAACAGUCAAAUCAAAGAAGUUCUUUACAGACUUAACAAACGCUAGAAAGAGAAUUAAGGAAUAUUAUAAGAACGAUGUUAAAAAACCUGUUGAGAAAAUCAAUAAGGAUCUCGUGACUUUCUUUGAAAAGAAAGCCAAACAAGAAAAGGAAAAAAAGGCAAGAGCUGAAAAGGCCAGAUUGAAAGCUUUGAAAGAAAAUGACGAAGAGGCUUACUUCAAAUUAUUAGAACAAACCAAAGAAGGAAGAUUGACAGAACUACUCAAACAAACUGAUGAAUGUUUGAAGAGUUUAGGAGCUUCUCUCGUUUCAGGCAGAGACGGAGAACAGGAACCUGAACUUGAGUUUGAUCAAGAGGAAGAAGGUGAAAAGAACAUUUUCAAAAAGUUCUUGCUCAACCAAAAUAAUUACUACAAAGUUGCUCACAAAUUGGUGGAAAAGGUUGAAAAGCAACCUUCCAUUCUGGUUGGAGGAGGCUUGAAGGCAUAUCAAUUACAAGGUCUUCAAUGGCUUGUUUCUCUCUACAACAACAAAAUUAAUGGUAUUUUGGCAGAUGAAAUGGGUUUGGGUAAGACCAUUCAAACAAUUUCACUUCUGUCCUAUCUUUAUGAAUUCAAGAAUAAUAAGGGCCCUCAUUUGGUCAUUGUUCCAUUAUCUACAAUUGACAACUGGGCAUUAGAAUUUGAAAAAUGGUGUCCAACACUCAAAUUGGUUCGAUAUGGAGGAGACAAGAAUCAAAGAAAACACGUACAAAAUACUUACCUUAAGACUAGAGAUUUCCAAGUCCUGCUCACACAAUACGAAUAUAUUACAAGAGAAAAAUCUAUUCUAAAGAAGAUACCAUGGAACUAUAUCAUUAUGGAUGAAGGUCACAGAAUCAAAAACUCUGAUUGUAAAUUAGUGAAGGCAUUAGUCGAGUACAACUCCAAAUACAGAGUGCUCCUUACAGGUACACCUCUUCAAAACGAUUUGAAGGAAUUGUGGGCCUUGCUAAACUUUUUGUUGCCAAAGAUUUUUGAUAGCUCAGUCAACUUUGAAAACUGGUUCAACUCUCCUUUUGGUGGUGAUAAGGCUGAAAUGACAGAAGAAGAAAAACUGCUCAUCAUUCACAGACUUCACCAAGUGUUACGUCCUUUCCUUCUGAGAAGAGAAAAAACCGACGUGGAAGAACAACUUCCAGAAAAAUCUGAAAAGAUUAUUUAUAUUGAUCUAUCAGCAAUGCAAAAGAAGAUGUACACUGAUAUUCAAGAUAAGAACAAACUCAAUGUCAACGGAAAGAGACUUAAAAUGCAGUCUCUUAGCAAUACAGUCAUGCAGCUAAGAAAGGUUUGCAACCAUCCAUUCUUGUUCUUUACAGGAUCAGAAGAACUAAACGCCUUGUCUGACGAAAAGUAUUAUGAAAUGAUGACUAAAUGCUCUGGAAAGUUUGAACUGUUAGACCGAAUCCUUCCCAAGUUUAAAAAGACUGGUCACAGAGUUUUGUUGUUCUCUCAAAUGACCAGUGUAUUAGAUUUGAUGGAAGAAUUCCUCACUCAGAAAAAUUAUCAAUACCUAAGACUUGACGGAGCUGUUAAAGCUUCCGAAAGAGGUGAUUUGGUCAAGAAGUGGAAUGAGAAAGACUCUCAAUACUUUAUUUUCCUUCUCAGCACUCGUUCAGGUGGUUUGGGACUUAACCUUCAAACCGCCGACACUGUCAUCAUGUUCGAUUCUGACUGGAAUCCUCAACAAGAUUUACAAGCGAUGGCAAGAGCUCACCGUAUUGGUCAAACAAAAUCUGUGUUAGUACUUACGUUUGUCACACGUACUCCAGUUGAAGAAAAGAUUAGAGAACGUGCACAAGCAAAACGUGACGCUGAGGCUAAGGUCAUCAAAGCAGGUAAAUUCAAUCAAAAAUCUACCAUCAUGGAAAGAAACGAAAUGCUUGAAACUCUACUCAAGAAAGCCAGCGAUUUCGAAAGUGUACAUGAAGCUCCUAACGAUGAACAACUGAACAACAUGUUGGCUAGAAAUGACGAUGAAUUUGAAAUUUUCCAAAACAUGGACAAGGAACGAGAGCAAGAAGUUUUGAAACAACAUGGACGUAUUACAAGUCGCCUAAUGACCGAAGAAGAACUCCCUGAAUGGAUUAAGGACAAAGAGGUUGAGGAAGGCGAAGCUGAAGAAGCAGAGUAUGGUAGAGGUCGAAGAUCCAGAGCUGACAUUAACUAUGAGGGAGGUAGUGGUGAUGAAAUGGAGGAUGAGGAAGAAGACAAUGCAGCACCAGAAGAGGAAGAAGAAGAGGAUCAGGCCGAGGAAGAGGAAGAAGAGGGCACCAAGAAGAGAAAACGAAGAUCUGCCAAGAAAGAAGAGUCUUCCAAAAAGAAGAAGACCACUGCAAAGAGUAAUGGUAAGAAAAAGAAGGUCCAAGAAGAGGAGGAAGAAGAGGAAGAUGGGGAAAACAAUGAAGUAGAUUCAGAAGAUAUCACUAUUGGUUAUUCGUAUGACAAUACCCCUUACCAACAAGUGUAUGAUAGCUUGGGGUCAAGUCUUCAACAACAAUUGUACUCCAUUUUCAUGGAAAUUGCCACUAAACUUGAUGAGGAAGAUGGCAGAGCUUUGGCAUUGCCUUUCUUGGAACUACCAGACAGAAAAGAUUUCCCUGACUAUUAUGAUCUCAUACAAACACCAAUUUGCCUGAAUGAUAUCGAUAAGAAAAUCAGAAAUGGUGUUUACAAGCGCGUUGAGGACAUGGAACAAGAUAUUCAAACAUUGGUCGUAAACGCUCAAACUUACAACCAAGAAGGGUCUGCCAUUUAUCAAGACGCUGAAACGAUUAGACAAAUUUUCUUAAGCAGGAAGAGUGGUGUUCAAUAA